AUGCAGGCAGGAUGUCUCGUCAUCCUCAAGACUCAGCAGUUCUCGUUCUCCGGGAGUGAGCACACUGUUUGUUCUGCUGCUGUUGUCAUGAAAUAUAAUGACAGUGGAAGUCACAAAAAUGUCCCCUGUCCAGCCCCCGCCACCCUUUUACUCCUGCAGACUGCGUGUAUAUUACUGUCUUGUGAUGUCGUUGCAAACAUGGUGUGUGCUAGUUUAACUCGCCCGCUCUCCUUUCAGAACAUGCUCCUCGCCCGCCCGGUAGAUGCCUGUGCUGUUAUCUCCUCACGGCCUGGAAAACUCUCUCCCCUUUGCACUCAGAUUAGUUUUCAGGCCUGUCUCCCCUCGCCCCUUGCGAUAUCUUAUUUCCUUAGGACAGAGCUGUAG